AUGAAAUUAGCAAAAGCAUUAUAUUUUGUUGCCUUUUUAUUGGCCAUAAAAGUGUUAACCCCAGGAUCUAACAAUUAUGUUGAAGCUAAACCCGCAAAUACAAAAAAAGUAACAAAAAGUGCUGAUAAUGCAUUUAUUAAAAAAAUUAAAAAUAAAAAGGUUGCACUUAUAUCUACAAUAGCUGCAACAUUAGCAUUAGCAAUUGCUACUACAUUUGGUGUAAUGCACUUUCAAAAGAAACAAGAUGAUAAAAAAGAAAUAUUAGAAUCAGAUGGAAAGACACCCUUAAUCACUCCACGUUCAAACUCAGGAUCAGAUAAUAAAAAUACACCACCCGCACCAGAAACUAAUACAAAAUCAGCACCAGAAACUAAUACAAAAUCAGCACCAGAAACUAAUACAAAACCAACACUAGAAAUAAAUACAAAACCAGUACCAGAAAUAAAUACAAAACCAGUACCAGAAAUAAAUACAAAACCAACACUAUCUAGUGGUAAUUCAAGAGCUUAUCCACCAGCAUCACACUAA